AGCCAGUCAAAGGCACAUUGUACCGAUCACAACCGGGCUGGAGCCGGGGGGUGUAAAACUCGGACUGGUGGCCACUGGGAGCAGAUCGCGGUGGAUAAAUAGCGAGUCCGCUCCCUGGCGCGAGCAGUGUCUGGAGGGAGAUGGGCAAGCGGGUCUAAGCAGCAGCAGCCUGCUCCAUCUCUUGGUUGGUUGGUUGGGGUGUUUUUCCUCCCCCCCCAAAAAAAAUCCUCGAGGCAGCCCUAAUUUAAAAUCCAGAGGUUUGAACCCUUGGGUUUGAAGAACGGGGACCCAGUCUGUGCCAGUGCAGUUGCAUCCUUUGCACCCUCCUUAGUCUGACCUUCAGAAGAAGACAGCUCCCAGACUACCUGCUUCCACUCCAUCUGAAUCUAUGACUGGGGGCUCCACCCUAGUCCCACCCUUUGCUUUCCCAUUCCAGAAGAUGGGUUCAUUUCGAAGACCCAGGCCUCGCUUCAUGAGCUCUCCAGUGCUCAGUGACUUGCCACGGUUUCAGGCAGCACGGCAGGCUUUGCAGCUCAGCUCCAACUCUGCAUGGAACAGUGUUCAAACAGCAGUGAUAAAUGUGUUCAAAGGGGGAGGCUUGCAAAACAACGAACUUUAUGUCCUCAAUGAAAACAUCAGGCGUCUGUUGAAGAGUGAACUUGGAUCCUUCAUCACCGAUUAUUUCCAGAACCAGCUCCUUGCGAAGGGAUUGCUGUUUAUAGAGGAGAAGGUUAAACUGUGUGAAGGUGAAGAUCGCAUUGAUCUCCUCUCUCAGAUCUGGGAUCACUUCUUCACCGAGACCCUUCCUACGCUCCAAGCAAUAUUCUACCCAGUUCAGGGUCAGGAAUUGACCAUCCGCCAAAUUGCCCUUCUUGGUUUCAGAGACUUGGUCCUGUUAAAAGUGAAGUUGGAAGAAAUUCUUCCCCUGGUCCAGACAAAGAUCCCACCUUCCAUUGUCCAGAUGCUGCUAAUUCUACAGAGUGUCCAUGAACCUACGGGUCCCAGUGAGGGCUACAUGCAGCUGGAGGAGCUGGUUAAGCAGGUGGUCUCGCCAUACCUGGGUUUGUGUGAGGAUCACAGCUUCCCUGGUAGCACCUGUGCGCUUGAGAGGCGAUAUUCCAGAUCCCGUGCUAAGACUGGUAUGCUGAGCUACAACUCCCACAUGAUGACUGGUCGGCAGCCCAGCGAAAUGGCUCUGACGCCACUCACAGAACAGGAGGGCGAGGCUUACCUGGAAAAAUGUGGCAGUAUCCGUCGCCAUACUGUUGCCAAUGCCCACUCAGAUAUUCAGCUUCUGGCCAUGGCCUCCAUGAUGCACACAGGGAUGGUAAUAGAAGAAUCGGAUAGCAGUGAUAACUGUCUCCUCCUUCAGCCCAGCUUCAGCCACCGUCAGUGCUCCAGUGAGCCCAGUAUUGCUGACGGGCCAGAAGGACUGGUCACUGUGGACAGGCAAGAGUCUACAGAACUGAACUGCACAUCUGUCGGCUAGGAAGGAUCCUUCUGUGGGAGAAGAGCCAUGUGCCCUAAACUGGACAAUGGCCGUUGUGUUGCUGCUGGAAACAAUGGAGAGAACACAGGCUUUGGGGACGGAUUUGCUGAUACCAUGGGAAUGGUCUGGGUUCUUUUGUCUCUUUGGAAAUGUUCCAAGAUUUUUAUUUAAAAAAAAAAAAAAUUUUUUUUUUUUUUUUUUUUGAUCAUUACUUUCCAGAAUCAUUGUCAGUGGAGGUACUCUCAGCACAGCACUUGGGGCUGCAAGGGUGUCACUGUUAAAUGCCACUUUCUGUCUCCUGUAAGGUUUCUUAUGCGGUGUUGCACUGCUUUCGCCUUGGGUACCAUUCUGUUUUCUGUGAAGAAAAUGAAUCCCCCUCUUUCUCUCUGCCUCAUUUAUUUUUAUUUUUUUUCCCCCUUCUCUUUUUCUUGUCAUUCCUAACUCAUAAAAUGGAGCCCUAUCCCUCUGAGUGCAGCAACAAGUAGAGGGGAUUAUGCUAAAAAAAUCUCUUUUGGUCCUGCCUCGGACUGUGGGAUGGUAAUGACUGGGGUUGCAUUUUUGUUUUAUAUUGUACUUGGGGAUGAAACUUAUUGCGUCUUGCAGAGAACUCAACCCAGAUGCCUUGUGGAUUCUGGAGGGAGAAGGGGAUCUUCUUCUCUGGGCUCCUGCUGCGUAUAGGGAAGGGGCCUAUUCUGAUGGCCUGAAUUCGAAGAAACUGGAGUGGCAGAUGACUUUUUCCACCAAGAGUCCAUUGCCUAUCCGCAUGAGUAGAAUAUGAUGCGUCAGGGGCCCAGUUCAGCCUUUAUGCAAACCCACUAGGAUGUGGGGUGAAACUCUGGGCAGAAUCUACCUAAAGCUUUUGGAGUCUGGCAGGAUGUGUACUGUCGAGAACGUCAGCAUUUUUAGCGUUCCACCAUAAAGAGAAACUGAAACUGGUGGUGUUGGAAAGGAAAGAGGCAUUGUGGUAACCGAGGGUAUAUACCUGCAUCGUGAAGGUAGCUUCAAAUGCUUUUUCAAGGCCAGGCCUCCACACUUCUCACCCUAGUACUGACACAGCCCCCAGCUGAAUCCCAUCUUGUAGAUUUUUAUGAAACCAAAGAGCAUCAUUUGGGCUUUGAGACAGGAACUUCUUGCUGCAAAUGGCAAAUCUAUGCCAUUUUUCUGACCUCCCUUUUGUAGCUGGCUGAUCUGACUCCCUUGUUUUAAUCCUUAUCUGUCCAAUUUGCAGCUAGGUACCAUUUUAAAAAAAAAAAAAAAAGAAAAAAAAAAAAAAAGCUAAAACUGGGUCGAGUUCUUAAGAGAUGGUAGCAUCUGUCCACAAAACAUUGUACAGUCCUCUGUCUACUUCAUAGCUAUUGUUUGGUACUUAAAUGCUGCUUCCAUGAGAGUGGAGCCAACCUGCUCAAGAAAUCCCCCCUAGAGACUCUGCUGAUGUCUUGCUGAUAAAACUCUAUGUAGAAUGAUAAACCGAAAGGUGAAUUGAAAUACUGCUUUAAAUAUCAAAUUCCAUGAAAAAGGGAGCGCAACUCCACAACCUUCCCCAAUAGUGGGUAACACAAAUUUCUUAAUAAAUCUGUCCCAAUACUGAA